UUGUGGUCCUCAGGCUUUGGGAUGAAGCUGGAGGCUGUCACCCCUUUCCUGGGCAAGUAUCGUCCCUUUGUGGGUCGCUGCUGCCAGACCUGCACCCCCAAGAGCUGGGAGUCCCUCUUCCACAGAAGCAUAAGGGACCUAGGCUUUUGCAAUGUGAUCCUGGUGAAGGAGGAGAACACCAGGUUUCGGGGCUGGCUGGUUCGGAGGCUCUGCUAUUUCCUGUGGUCCCUGGAGCAGCACAUCCCCCCCUGCCAGGAUGCCCCGCAGAAGAUCAUGGAAAGCACUGGGGUACAGAACUUUCUCUCAGGGAGGGUACCAGGAGGUGCUGGGGAAGGCCAGGUACCUGACCAUGUGAAGAAAGAGGUACAGCGCAUCGUGGGUCACAUCCAGGCCCCACCCUGUCCCUUCCUGGUCAGGCUGUUCAGCUGGGCACUGCUGCGGUUUCUGAACUGCGUCUUCCUGAAUGUGCAGCUCCACAAGGGUCAGAUGAAGAUGGUCCACAAGGCAGCCCAGGCGGGCUCACCGCUUGUCCUCCUCUCUACUCACAAAACCCUCCUGGAUGGGAUCCUGCUGCCCUUUGUGCUGCUCUCCCAGGGCCUGGGUGUGCUCCGUGUGGCCUGGGACUCCCGUGUCUGCUCCCCUGCCCUCAGAGCUCUGCUGAGGAAGCUUGGGGGGCUUUUCCUGCCCUCAGAGGCCAACCUCUCCCUAGACAGCUCUGAGGGGCUCCUUGCAAGGGCUGUGGUCCAGGCGGUUAUAGAGCAGCUGCUGGUCAGUGGGCAGCCCCUGCUCAUCUUCCUGGAGGAACCUCCUGGGGCCCUGGGGCCACGGCUGUCAGCCCUGGGCCAGGCUUGGCUGGGAUUUGUGGUAAGGGCGGUCCAGGUGGGCAUCAUCCCAGAUGCUCUGCUGGUACCAGUGGCUGUUACCUAUGAUGUGGUUCCGGAUGCACCAUGUGAAAUAUACCAUGCCUCAGCCCCCCUCGGGCUGUGGACAGGAGCUCUGGCUGUCCUGCGGAGCCUCUGCAGCCACUUGGGCUGCAGCCGUCAGAUCUGCUCCCGGGUACACCUAGCUCAGCCCUUCUCCCUGCAGGAAUACACCAUCAGUGCCAGAAGCUGCUGGGGCAGCAGGCAGACCCUGGAGCAGCUACUGCAACCCAUCGUGCUGGGCCAAUGUACUGCUGUCCCAGACACUGAGAAGGAGCAGGAGUGGACCCCUAUAACUGGGCCCCUCCUGGCCCUUAAGGAAGAGGACCAGCUCCUGGUCAGGAGACUGAGCCAUCAUGUCCUGAGUGCCAGUGUGGCGAGCUCUGCCGUGAUGAGCACGGCCAUCAUGGCGACGCUGCUGCUCUUCAAGCACCAGAAGCUCCUGGGGGAGUUCUCCUGGCUGACGGAGGAGAUACUGCUGCGUGGCUUUGAUGUAGGCUUCUCUGGUCAGCUGCGGAGCCUGCUGCAGCACACACUGAGUCUGCUGCGGGCACAUGUGGCCCUGCUACGCAUCCGCCAGGGGGACUUGCUAGUGGUGCCGCGCCCCGGCCCAGGCCUCGCGCACCUGGCACGGCUGAGUGCUGAGCUGCUGCCCGUCUUCCUGAGUGAGGCUGUGGGUGCCUGUGCGGUGCGGGGGCUGCUGGUAGGCAGAGUGCCGCCCCAGGGACCCUGGGAGCUGCAGGGCAUAGAGCUGCUGAGCCAGAACGAGCUGUACCGCCAGAUCCUGCUGCUGAUGCACCUGCUGCCGCAAGAGCUGCUGCUCCUGCAGCCCUGCCAGUCUUCCUACUGUUACUGUCAGGAGGUGCUGGACCGGCUCAUCCAAUGUGGGCUCCUGGUUGCUGAGGAGAGUCUGGCUACACAAAGCAGCUGUUUCAGUUCCUCCAGGCCACCGCCCAGAAAGAAGGGAUCUUUGAGUGUGUGGACCCAAAGCUCGCCAUCAGUGCUAUCUGGACCUUCAGAGACCUAGGGGUUCUGCAGCAGAUACCGAGCCCUGCAGGCCCCAGGCUCCACCUGUCUUCUACUUUUGCCAGCCGGGACAAUCAGGAAAAACUAGAACAGUUCAUCCGGCAGUUCAUUUGUAGCUAGAACUGUGAGGUGGAGCCUGUGCUGAGACUUCUCAGCUCCAGAACACAGCUGUCCUAGAGCCAGAAGACAGGCAGGAGGCUGCAAACCCUUAGCUGGUCUAUAAAAUCAUUGAGGCUUGGUUGUCCCUUGCCAUUUCUUGUUUUCUCCCUCCUUUGAUAUAAUAAACAAGACUGGUCGUGUUGUCUUUUCCCAAG